AUGACCUCGGCGGGGGAGGCGGCCGGUUCCCCCCCGCUGCCCGCCGCGGUCGGCGGCCACCGGCGGAGCCCCCUGGACCGGCUCCCGCCCCCCGCCAACACCACAAAACCGCUGACCCCCUUCGGCAUCGAGGACAUCCUUGGACGUCCCAGCGGCGGGAGCCCCCCCGGGACCGGGACCGGUCCCGCCGCCCCCCCCGCCCCGACAGGGCCCCGCGGCGGCGGCGGCGGCUGCGCCCCGGCCUCGCCGCUCUGGGCGCUGGAGGAACUCGCCAGUAAAACCUUCCAGGGGCUGGAGCUGGGAAUGCUGCAGGCGGCCGGAGGUCCGUCCCCGCCGGGCGCCUCGGGCCCGCGCCCUCCCUGCAGGAAACGUCGCAAGUCCCGGACCGCGUUCACGGCGCAGCAGCUGCGGGAGCUGGAGCAGCGAUUCCGGCGGCAGCGCUACCUCUCCCCGGUGGACCGGGACGCUCUGGCGGCGCGGCUGGCGCUCUCCGCCGCCCAGGUUAUCACCUGGUUCCAGAACCGCCGCGCCAAGCUCAAGCGGGACCUGGAGGAGCUGCGAGCGGACGUGGCCUCGCUGCAAGCGCUGCCCCCCGCCGCCCUGCAGCAGCUGGCGGGGCUGCCCGAGCCCCCGGGGGCUCCCGGUACCGGCACCGGGACCACAGAGCCCGCCGAGCUCUCGGAGGAGGAGAUCGACGUGGCGGACUGAGCCGAGCACGCUCGGCUCUGUUCGGACCCGCUGGGACCGAGACUGCUCCGUUCGGACCCACUCGGACCGGCUCGGCUGAGUUCGGAUUCACUCGGAUCGGGUCAGGCCGAGACGGCUCCGUCCGACUCUAUUCGGAUGCACUCGGCUCCGUUCGGGUGCACUCGGCUCCGUUGGAGUGACUCGGCCCCGCCACUCCCGGUUCCGAAAGGAGCCGAGCCCAGCCCCGCCCCCUCCGUGCACCCUUUUGCGCCUUUUUUUAUUUUUUGUUUUGGUUCGUGUUUCCAUCGUUUGUUUUUUUUUUUUUCCUUUUUUAAAUUUUAUUUUCUAUCGUCC